AUGUCUAAGGAAGAUAGCGACCUGAAAGUGAAUGUAGGUAUUACGGAGCGGCAAUCAUUGAAGUUCAAUGCCAAGCUCAUUGCAUACGCACAUAGUAUUUGCGCAUACUCGGCUUUUGCGCUGGCAUUGAUCGUUGGCUGUUUAUUACAUUAUAAAAAAAUUGUUCAAAACUCAUCUUUUGGAUAUCCGGACGAAUGGUUCCCUAGUGUUUCUGCUACCAUUGGAGAUCGGUAUCCAGAGAGAUCAGUUUUCCAAAUAUUGAUAGCAUUGACCUCAGGGCCGAGGUUUUUGCUAUUAUUUUUCAACUUCAUCAGAUUGUAUAGAGAGAGGUCAAUUGUGCCUUUUUUAGCGAUAACAUCUGGUGUGAUAAGGACUUUUACUUGUGGAGGGUGGGUCUACAUUACGUCAACCGAUGAUCAUGACUGGCAUGAUAUAUUUAUGAUUAGCUACAUAGUGUUGACCAUACCUUGGACAAUUUGCAUCACGCUAUUGUCAGACAAGAAUUCAAUUCAAAGAAAAGGCAGAAAAUAUACCUCCUUGGCAUUUUUUGGGAUGCUUUUUCCCUUAGUCUAUUGGUUCAUUCAGCACAAAGUUCAUGUUCGCGCCGGUGCCUAUUCUGUUUAUGCAUACUUUGAGUGGGCACUAAUUAUCUUAGAUAUAGGUUUCGAUUCAUGGUCAAUAAUCGACUUUUCAGAUAUUCAGAUUGCUAUAUCCUAUGACAAAAUUGAGCUUCUCCAUGUUCCAAAAUCACAAAUCGAGCCUUCAAUCAAUAAAAGUGUUGAUACAGAUGAAUUUAGUUUUCUAGAUAUGGUUGCGAACAUAAUUAAUUCAUUUAUGUUUUGGACAAUAUUGUCUUCUUUAUUUCUCUGUGUGUGGUAUUUUCCGUUAUGGCAUAUGGGGCUUUCAGGUUAUGAGGCUGUUGUGACCUCUCAGUUCCUAUCACCACUAAUUUUAUUCAUACCUGGAGUAAGGGCUUUUUUUGGUAAGACAAUAAUUAUUAUACGUGCAGCCACUGUUAUUUUAGGUAUAGGAGCAUAUAAAGCAAGUGAUCCAGAACAUAAACUUAUGGCAAUUUGUGCUGCCAAUUGUUUUUCGGUUAUUUGCCUAGUCACAGAAAUUGCAGCGCAUUCAGGUAAACCUAAGAAACUUAAUUCCUAUUCAAUUUCGUUCAUACUUGGACUAUUUGCGAAUUCCGUUUUCAAGUUUUCCUGCUAUUCAAAUAAUCCAAUCUGGCCGGUAAUGCAUGGACCAAACGAUGGUUUCAAUAAUGUUGGAAUUUUUGUUGGAUUGUGUGGUGCAUUUUUCUCUCCCAAACUUCUGACUAAUUACUUGCUGCGGAGUAAAAGAUCUGGAGGCUCCAUUUUGUUAGCUGCACUUGGUCUCGGUGGAUAUUUCUUCUCUUUGCAUGCUUUAUUGAGCGACUCUUCUACUUUAGUUUUUUGGGUCUGGGAUGGGUAUCCCAUAAAAGGACCAACUCCAUUAACGGGGGCUCUUAUUCAUUUUACGACUGUUGGGCUAGGUAUCUUGUUGUCAAUUAAGCUUCAUCCAAGCACGUUAAGCAGUAAGUUUUAUAAUAUAAUAAUUGGAGGUGGUAGCAUUUUUAUACUUUUCGAACUGAAGGAUUGGUUGGCCUACAUCGGAGCAACUGUAUACUCAUUCUAUUUGGCCUCAUUGUGUCCAAUAAUCUUGCAGUCUGUCAUUGACUACAACCCAGCUUUAAUGUUCUUUUUGGGUUUUCUUUUCAGUAUAAUAAUGUCAUUGGCAAGCGUUUGGACAGUUGCAUACGCAUUUGUUCCUGGAGGAUGGCUAUUAAGGGAAAGAAGUGAUAUUGUGUUCUUUGGUGCGUUAGGUAUGAUUUAUUGCGGUGUAUUGAACUUUGUUUUGAGACAUAGAGGCUCUCACAUUACGAGACUCAAUGACGGUACUCAAGUGGUAUUCAAUCAUGCCUUGAAGAUUUUACUGGUGCUUUUAGCUCUUUCGUUAUCAUCAUUUAUAAAAAGAUACCCUGACUCUAUGCCCAUUCCUUAUAACAGAGAUUCGGGUUCUUUCACCACAGGCAUCUGGUGUGUACACUUUGGUUUGGAUAAUGAUAUGUGGUCAAGCGAGAUUCGAAUGAGAGAUCUAAUACGCGAUGCAGAGGUCGAUAUUAUUGGUCUUCUUGAAACAGAUACUGAAAGAUUAAUAGGAGGCAAUCGCGAUUUUACUCAGCGCAUUGCGGAAGAUUUAGGCAUGUACGUUGAUUAUGGCCCUGGGCCAAAUAAACAUACUUGGGGUGCAGCCCUAUUGUCUAAGUUUCCUAUUAUUAAUUCGACUCAUCAUUUACUUCCAUCACCUGUUGGCGAACUCGCUCCUGCUAUUCAUGCCACUUUGAAUAUCUAUGGAGAACUAAUAGAUGUUGUUGUUUUCCAUUCAGGCCAGGAGGAAGAUGAGGAAGAUCGCCGUCUACAGAGUUUAGCGAUACGUGACAUUAUGGCAGAAUCUGAAAGACCUCUUAUACUUUUGAGCUACCUCGUCACAACCCCCUUAGAAGGUAACUAUAAUACUUACGUUAGUGAAGAAUCAAGAAUGCAUGAUAUAGACAGUUCUGAUUGGGACAGAUGGUGCGAGUAUAUUCUAUUUCGGGACGUCAAAAAGGUGGCAUAUGCUAGAAUCUCAAGAUCAACAAUUACAGAUACAGAGUUACAAAUUGCAAAGUUCAAAUUAUUAACCGAAAAUGAAAGGGAAGAAAUGGACUUCGAUUUAUUGUAUGGCAACCAUCAUGUUCCAGAGGAAGAAAUCUCACCUGACUUAAGAAUGCCUUCCAUGUUCCUUGGUGAUGGGGUUCGUGGCCAUAGAUAUCAUGUUUUUGAUGAGCCUCGUUAUUUUGCUCAAGAAAUGUCUGGUUAG